AUGAUUAAUGACCUCCAAUUAAUAGCUGAAUCUUAACAUUUAUAUGAUUUUUAUCCAACUAAUAAUUCGUGCCCUGUAGGAGAACUUAUGGAAGCAGAUUCGCCUAAUAAAAGACACUAUAUAAGUUCAUUAUGUUUCUAGUUAAAAAAAAAAAUCAAACGUAAUCAGAAUAGGCCAAGCGUAUUAAAAAUAGAAGAUAGUGGAAGAAAUGUUAAAAUAUAUUAGAAUACUCCAAGUUAAAAUAAUUUAGAAAGGAUGGAAGACAAUUAUCAAUGA